AUGGAGAAUGGAUUCACUAAAGAUGAUGUGGUUGUAGGUCCAAUCUCUGGAAUGCGAUUUAGAGAUAAAGAUUCUUUGUUUGCAUUCUACAAAGAACAUGCACAAUUGAAAGGAUUCUCUGUUGUCAAAAGAAAUUCCAACAAUAAGGGUGGUGACACUGCCAGGUACAUAACUUACUGUUGUGAUAGGGCUAGGAUUCACAAAACCAAGUUUACUACCAAGAGUAACAAUUGUAAAGCUAGGCUCACUGCUGUUUUGGAUGAUUUUGGUUGUUGGCACGUCUCUAAGGUCGUUCACGAUCACAAUCAUGAUUUGCUCCCUUCCAUAUCGCGCUUGAUGGCUGGACAUAGGUCUGUUUGUGAUUCUUUGAAGAGAGAUCUUCUAACUCAUGAUCGAUCUAGCAUUAGACCCUCAAAGAAUAUUAGACGUGCUGAGGUUCAAUGUGGUGGACCGUAA